GGGGGGCGUCCGCCUCCGGCGCGGUGGUGCUGCCCGCGGGGAUGAUUAACCCCUCGGUGCCGAUCCGCAACAUCCGGAUGAAAUUCGCAGUGUUGAUUGGACUCAUACAGGUCGGAGAGGUCAGCAACAGGGACAUCGUGGAGACCGUGCUCAAUCUGCUGGUUGGUGGAGAAUUUGACUUGGAGAUGAAUUUUAUUAUCCAGGAUGCUGAGAGUAUAACGUGCAUGACAGAGCUUUUGGAGCACUGUGAUGUAACAUGUCAAGCAGAAAUAUGGAGCAUGUUUACAGCCAUUUUACGAAAAAGUGUUCGGAAUUUACAGACUAGCACGGAAGUUGGGCUAAUUGAACAAGUAUUGCUGAAAAUGAGUGCUGUAGAUGACAUGAUAGCAGAUCUUCUAGUUGAUAUGUUGGGGGUUCUUGCCAGCUACAGCAUCACUGUCAAGGAGUUGAAGCUUUUGUUCAGCAUGCUUCGAGGAGAAAGUGGAAUCUGGCCAAGACAUGCAGUAAAAUUAUUAUCAGUUCUUAAUCAGAUGCCACAAAGACAUGGUCCUGAUACUUUUUUCAAUUUCCCUGGUUGUAGUGCUGCGGCAAUUGCAUUGCCUCCUAUUGCAAAGUGGCCUUAUCAGAAUGGCUUUACCCUAAACACUUGGUUUCGUAUGGAUCCAUUAAAUAACAUUAAUGUUGAUAAGGAUAAACCUUAUCUUUAUUGUUUUCGUACUAGCAAAGGAGUUGGCUACUCUGCUCAUUUUGUUGGGAACUGUCUAAUAGUCACAUCACUGAAGUCCAAAGGAAAAGGUUUUCAGCACUGUGUGAAAUAUGAUUUUCAACCACGCAAAUGGUAUAUGAUCAGCAUUGUCCACAUAUACAAUCGAUGGAGAAACAGUGAAAUUCGAUGCUAUGUGAAUGGACAGCUAGUAUCCUAUGGUGAUAUGGCUUGGCAUGUUAACACAAAUGAUAGCUAUGACAAGUGCUUUCUUGGAUCCUCCGAAACUGCUGAUGCAAAUAGAGUAUUCUGUGGUCAACUUGGUGCCGUGUAUGUAUUCAGUGAAGCACUCAACCCUGCACAGAUAUUUGCAGUUCAUCAGUUAGGACCUGGAUAUAAGAGCACCUUCAAGUUUAAAUCUGAGAGUGAUAUUCAUUUGGCAGAACAUCAUAAACAGGUUCUAUAUGAUGGAAAACUUGCAACUAGUAUUGCAUUUACAUAUAAUGCCAAGGCCACUGAUGCUCAGCUAUGCCUGGAAUCCUCACCAAAGGAAAACGCAUCAAUUUUUGUGCAUUCCCCACAUGCUUUAAUGCUCCAGGAUGUGAAAGCUAUAGUAACACAUUCAAUUCAUAGUGCAAUUCAUUCAAUUGGAGGGAUUCAAGUGCUUUUCCCACUUUUUGCCCAACUGGACAAUCGACAGCUCAAUGACAGUCAAGUGGAAACAACUGUCUGUGCUACUCUUUUGGCUUUCCUGGUUGAACUGCUUAAAAGUUCGGUAGCUAUGCAAGAACAGAUGCUGGGUGGAAAAGGCUUUUUAGUCAUUGGCUACUUACUUGAAAAGUCCUCACGAGUUCAUAUAACUAGAGCUGUCCUAGAGCAAUUUUUAUCCUUUGCAAAAUACCUUGAUGGAUUAUCUCAUGGAGCACCUUUGCUGAAGCAGCUUUGUGAUCAUAUUUUAUUCAACCCAGCCAUCUGGAUACAUACACCUGCAAAAGUUCAGCUUUCUCUAUACACUUAUUUGUCUGCUGAAUUUAUUGGAACUGCUACCAUUUAUACUACCAUACGCAGAGUAGGAACAGUGUUACAGCUAAUGCACACAUUAAAAUAUUACUACUGGGUCAUUAAUCCUGCUGACAGUAGUGGCAUUACACCUAAAGGAUUAGAUGGUCCGCGGCCAUCACAAAAAGAAAUUAUAUCACUACGGGCAUUUAUGCUACUUUUUCUGAAACAGCUAAUACUAAAGGAUCGAGGGGUCAAAGAAGAUGAACUUCAGAGUAUAUUAAAUUACCUACUUACAAUGCAUGAGGAUGAAAAUAUUCAUGAUGUAUUACAGUUACUAGUGGCUUUAAUGUCAGAACAUCCAGCCUCAAUGAUACCAGCAUUUGAUCAAAGAAAUGGAAUAAGGGUAAUCUACAAAUUAUUGGCUUCAAAAAGUGAAAGUAUUUGGGUUCAAGCUCUGAAGGUUUUGGGAUACUUUCUGAAGCAUUUAGGUCACAAGAGAAAAGUUGAAAUUAUGCAUACCCAUAGUCUUUUCACUCUUCUCGGAGAAAGGCUGAUGUUGCAUACAAAUACUGUGACUGUCACUACAUACAACACACUUUAUGAGAUAUUGACAGAGCAAGUAUGUACUCAAGUUGUACACAAACCACAUCCAGAGCCAGACUCUACAGUGAAAAUUCAGAAUCCAAUGAUUCUUAAGGUAGUGGCAACUUUGUUAAAAAACUCUACACCAAGUGCAGAACUGAUGGAAGUUCGUCGUUUAUUUUUAUCUGACAUGAUAAAACUUUUCAGCAACAGCCGUGAAAAUAGAAGAUGUUUAUUGCAGUGUUCAGUAUGGCAGGAUUGGAUGUUUUCUCUUGGCUAUAUCAAUCCUAAAAAUUCUGAAGAACAGAAGAUUACUGAGAUGGUCUAUAAUAUCUUCCGGAUUUUGUUGUAUCAUGCAAUAAAAUAUGAAUGGGGAGGCUGGAGAGUCUGGGUGGAUACACUCUCAAUAGCCCAUUCCAAGGUCACUUAUGAAGCACAUAAGGAAUACCUAGCCAAAAUGUAUGAAGAAUAUCAGAGACAAGAAGAGGAGAACAUUAAAAAGGGAAAGAAAGGGAAUGUGAGCACCAUCUCUGGUCUUUCAUCACAGACGACAGGAGCAAAAGGAGGAAUGGAAAUUAGAGAGAUAGAAGAUCUUUCACAAAGCCAGAGCCCAGAAAGUGAGACAGAUUACCCCGUCAGCACAGACCCUGGAGACUUGCUCAUGUCAACAAAAGUGUCAGAUGAUAUUCUUGUGAAUUCAGAUAGAUCGAGAAGUGGUGUACAUGUGGAAGUGCAUGAUCUUUUAGUUGAUAUAAAAGCAGAGAAAGUGGAAGCAACAGAAGUAAAGCUGGAUGAUAUGGAUUUAUCACCAGAGACCCUCGUAGGUGGAGAGAAUGGUGCCCUUGUGGAGGUUGAAUCUUUGUUGGAUAAUGUAUAUUGUGCUGCUGUUGAGAAACUCCAGAACAAUGUACAUGGAAGUGUUGGUAUCAUUAAAAAAAAUGAAGAAAAAGAUAAUGGCCCAUUGAUAACAUUAGCAGAUGAGAAAGAUGAUCUUCCUAAUAGUAGUACAUCAUUUCUCUUUGAUAAAAUACCCAAACAGGAAGAGAAACUCCUUCCUGAACUUUCUAGCAAUCACAUUAUUUCGAAUAUUCAGGACACACAAGUGCAUCUUGGUGUUAGUGAUGAUCUUGGCUUGCUUGCUCACAUGACUGGUAGUGUAGACUUAACUUGUGCAAGUAUAAUAGAAGAAAAAGAGUUCAAAAUCCAUACAACUUCAGAUGGAAUGAGCAGUAUUUCUGAAAGAGACUUAUCAUCUAAAGGGUUAGAGUAUGCUGAAAUGACUGCUACAACUCUGGAAACUGAAUCUUCUGGUAGUAAAAUUGUACCAAGUAUUGAUGCUGGAAGUAUAGUUUCAGAUACUGAGAGAUCUGAUGAUGGCAAAGAAUCAGGAAAAGAGAUCCGAAAAAUUCAGACCACUACUACAACACAAGCUGUUCAGGGUCGGUCUCUUACACAACAGGACAGAGAUCUCCGAGUUGAUUUAGGAUUUCGAGGAAUGCCAAUGACUGAGGAACAGCGGCGUCAGUUCAGCCCAGGUCCACGCACUACAAUGUUUCGUAUUCCUGAGUUUAAGUGGUCUCCAAUGCACCAACGACUUCUCACCGAUUUACUAUUUGCUUUAGAAACAGAUGUACAUGUUUGGAGAAGCCAUUCCACAAAGUCUGUAAUGGAUUUUGUCAAUAGCAAUGAAAACAUUAUUUUUGUACAUAACACAAUUCACCUCAUUUCCCAAAUGGUAGACAACAUCAUCAUUGCUUGUGGAGGAAUUUUACCUUUGCUCUCUGCUGCUACAUCACCAAGUGGUUCUAAGACGGAACUGGAAAACAUUGAAGUGACACAAGGCAUGUCAGCUGAGACAGCAGUAACUUUCCUCAGCCGAUUGAUGGCUAUGGUUGAUGUACUUGUAUUUGCCAGCUCUCUAAAUUUUAGUGAGAUUGAAGCUGAAAAAAACAUGUCUUCUGGAGGUUUAAUGCGACAAUGCCUAAGGCUAGUUUGUUGUGUUGCUGUGAGAAACUGUUUAGAAUGUCGGCAGAGACAAAGAGACAGAGGGAACAAAUCUUCCCAUGGAAGCAGUAAACCUCAAGAAGCAACCCAAAGUAUGAUUGCCAUAGCAGCUUCAAAGAAUUCAUUAGAAAAUGUUCCAGGUAACCUUUCUCCUAUUAAGGACCCUGAUAGACUUCUUCAGGAUGUCGAUAUUAAUCGCCUGCGUGCCGUUGUGUUUCGGGAUGUGGAUGAUAGCAAGCAGGCACAAUUCUUAGCUUUAGCUGUCGUUUACUUCAUUUCGGUUCUGAUGGUUUCCAAGUACCGUGACAUAUUAGAACCCCAGCGAGAGACUGCAAGAAUUGGAAGUCAACCAGGUAGAAACAUCAGGCAGGAAAUAAAUUCACCAACAAGUACAGUUGUGGUCAUACCAUCUAUCCCUCAUCCAACUUUGAACCAUGGAUUCCUUGCCAAGUUAAUUCCUGAGCAGAGCUUUGCCCACUCAUUUUACAAAGAAACACCUGCUGCAUUUCCAGACACUAUAAAGGAGAAAGAAACACCAACCCCUGGUGAAGAUAUUCAGCUAGAAAGUUCCAUUCCUCAUACAGAUUCAGGAAUUGGAGAGGAGCAUGUGGUUAGCAUCUUGAAUGGGGCAGAAUUAGAGCCUAGCGCAGGCCCUGAUGCCAUGAGUGAACUGUUAUCCACGUUGUCCUCUGAAGUGAAAAAAUCACAAGAAAGCUUAACUGAGAAUCCUAGUGAAAUUUUGAAGCCUGCACCAUCCAUAUCUAGCAUUAGUCAAACCAAAGGCAUCAAUGUCAAGGAAAUAUUGAAAAGCCUUGUCGCUGCUCCAGUUGAAAUUGCAGAAUGUGGCCCUGAUCCUAUUCCAUACCCAGAUCCAGCAUUGAAAAGAGAAGCACAAGCUAUUCUUCCUAUGCAGUUUCAUUCCUUUGACAGGAGUGUCGUGGUGCCUGUGAAGAAGCCACCUCCAGGUAGUUUAGCUGUAACCACUGUGGGAGCCACUGCAGCUGGAAGUGGGCUGCCAACAGGCAGCACUUCUAAUAUAUUUGCUGCUACUGGAGCUACACCAAAAAGUAUGAUUAAUACAACAGGUGCAGUGGAUUCAGGGUCCUCGUCCUCUUCCUCCUCUUCUAGUUUUGUGAAUGGUGCUACCAGCAAAAACCUUCCAGCUGUACAAACUGUUGCUCCAAUGCCAGAAGACUCGGCUGAAAACAUGAGCAUCACUGCAAAACUUGAAAGAGCUUUAGAAAAAGUUGCUCCUCUUCUUCGUGAAAUUUUUGUAGACUUUGCCCCAUUCCUAUCUCGUACACUUCUUGGCAGUCAUGGACAAGAACUAUUGAUAGAAGGCCUUGUUUGUAUGAAGUCCAGUACUUCUGUGGUUGAGCUUGUUAUGCUGCUUUGUUCUCAGGAAUGGCAAAAUUCUAUUCAGAAGAAUGCAGGACUUGCAUUUAUUGAACUCAUCAAUGAAGGAAGAUUACUCUGCCAUGCUAUGAAGGACCACAUAGUUCGUGUUGCAAAUGAAGCUGAGUUUAUUUUGAACAGACAGAGAGCUGAGGAUGUACAUAAACAUGCUGAGUUUGAGUCGCAGUGUGCCCAGUAUGCUGCUGAUAGGAGAGAGGAAGAAAAGAUGUGUGACCAUCUCAUUAGUGCUGCAAAACAUAGAGAUCACGUUACAGCAAAUCAAUUGAAACAGAAGAUCCUUAACAUUCUCACAAACAAGCAUGGUGCUUGGGGAGCAGUUUCUCAUAG